CUUUGCUAAAGCGUUGUUUCUGUUUAGCAACAGUAGUUAAUCUCUAUUAUCAGUAUUAUUUUCCGAUAUUGAGUACGUAUUUUUAUCCCAAAAUGAAAAUAAGUCAUAAAGUAUGUGCGUUGUUUAAAACAAGUUGGUCAUUUAACCCCGGUCCCUUACUCUUACAGCCAAUAGCAUUGCAGCUAGCAGCGCUUUGCGUACAGGCAGGCUUGUUGUGGAACUGGCCGGUGGUUGAGGCAUUAGCUCAGCACGGCGCUGAACCAAAGUGAAACUGAAUUGGCUGUAGUUGGCGGUGUCCCAAUCAGCAAUAUGGGCUCUGAGGGACUUGAAGAAGAAACCGUGGAGAAGAUCCUGAACGGUGAAGGACUGGAGGUCACAGAAUAUGACUGGACCCCCGAGGAGCCGAAGCCUGUCACCCUUAGGUCGAAUGUUUGUUAUAUUGUUGCUGCAGUCAUCUUCAAUGCCAAGGGGGAGGUGCUGAUGGUGCAGGAGGCGAAGAAGGAUUGCUAUGGGCAGUGGUACCUUCCCGCAGGCCGCAUGGAACCGGGGGAGAGUAUUGAGGAGGCUGUGCAGAGGGAGGUGAAAGAGGAGGCUGGAGUGGACUGUCAGCCGGUCACCAUGCUGCAGGUGCAGGAAAGCGGCCCGCAGUGGAUCCGCUUCACCUUCCUCGCUGAGAUCACAGGUGGCAGUCUGAAGACAAGGGCUGAAGCAGAUUCUGAGUCUCUGCAGGCUCAGUGGUGGGAUCGAGAGGCACAUCUUCCUCUUCGUGCCUGGGACAUCCUGACCCUUAUAGAGGCCGGCCUCAAGUACCACCAGAAGCCGUGGUUCCCAGUGUGUCUGCCCACUGACCUGCCCUGUGAAGUGGUCUGUCAGAGAAUACUUCUGGUCUUUGCCCCCAGUGACCCUGACAAUGAAGAGAAUGUAUGGUUGCUGCUGUGCAAUGGUUCUGCUGACAGUGAUGCUGAGACACACCCUCACCUUCCUGUUUCACUAGCAGUGAAAAAACACACAGUCACAUGGGCAGGCCGCAGAUUGCUCCAGGAGUGCAUGGUCCCUUGUGAAGCCUUGCAUGUCGACAUCAGCGGGAUCCUGAGCGUGCAGCAUAAUGGGAGGGUUCAUGGCAAAACAGACGGGCUCUGUUUGAACACACUAGUGACGGUGGAAUAUAUAGAAGGGUUUCCAGGAGAUCAUCAAAGUCCACCACCACUGGAGAAUAAGAGAUAUAAAUGGCAUAAGGUGAUCAAUCAAAGGCUGAGGACAAAGAUACUGCAGAGAAUAAAAUAUAACUCCCUUCUACCUUUAUACAGCCUUCGAUGAUGGGAUGGACUGAGAUCUUCUGACUGUAAAGCAUGGUUGGACAUGGCCUCCGAUGUUAGUUUAAGAUGUUUUUGGGAAUAGCUGUUGCAGAACGACACCUUAUUAUCUAAGCCAUUUACACCAUUCAUCUGACCAAACUAAUGAGCAAUAGACUGCAUAUUGAUUUCAGAGUUCUAUAUUAUCGGAGUUUAUAGUGGAUAAUGGGAUAAGGACAUUUUAGAAAUGUUGAAGACUUCUUUGCUGAUUUCAAAAAAAUCCAUCACUGCUUUAGAAUUGUAUAAAAAAAAAAACAAUGAAAUCACAGUUUUUAUGAAAAAAUAUUUAUGUAAUGUAUACAGGAAAAGGACACAGAAAGAAAGUUAUAUUAUAAUUAUACCAGUGAAUCACAUACUGACACUAGAACCGCAUGUCAAUGCAUUGACUCCAGGCACUGUUUCGAUUCCUCAGCAUGCCAAAAUGCGCUAUGCAGCAUUACUACACUGUAUUAAAGACAUAAAUACCUCUUUACCACCAACAAAGUGCUGGUGCCGGAGCCGGUGUCAUUCCAUCGUUUUUUUAUUCAUUUUUAAAUGUCUAGUUGUGGUCUCUAGUAUGAAUGAAUGCCAUGUGAGCUGUUUUUUU